UGAAUUAAGGAAGAAAUCAAAGGAGAAAAGAGGAGAAAGAAGAAGGCAAGAAAGCAUUACUCUUCUUCCUCCUCCUCCUCCUCCUCCUCCUCCUCCUUCUCCACCUCCUCCUCCUCCUCCUCCUUGUUCUCCACUACAGAAGACGAAGAUGAAAAGAAGAAGAAGAAAAAAAAGAAGAAGAAGAAGAAGAAGAAGAAGAAA